AUGAAUGCCGAGAAGGAUGAAGCCAUCUUUCGUUCGGCGGAAAUGGCUUUAUUGCAAUUCUAUAUUCCACAAGAAAUGUCCAGAGAAGCUGUCUAUACCAUAGGAAAAUUGGGGAUUGUUCAAUUUCGUGAUUUGAAUAGUAAAGUUCGUUCAUUUCAAAGAAGUUUUAUAGAUGAGAUUAAAAAAUUGGAUAAUGUUCAAAGGCAGUAUAGAUUCUUAUACAGUUUAUUGGAGAAGCACAAUAUUCCACUGUUCGAAGAAGACUAUGAAGAAAGAGAAGCUACUAGAUAUAACCCCCCAGUUACUACUUCUGUAAUUGACGACCAUGUUCAAAAUGCAACCUUUCUAGAGGACAGACUCCUACAAAUGGAGGAUGCAACCGCUCAAAUCGAAUUGCAAAAGGCAGAUCUUGAACAAUAUAGGUUUGUUUUGCAAGCAGGCGAUCAGUUUUUUGCAUCUGAAGCUGACUCCAAUGUGUCGGCUGCUGAUCCGCAAGCAUUACACAGAAGAGAUAGUUUUGACUUUGAACUUCAAGUAGCAAACAUCAGUUAUGUCACAGGUGUUAUUCCAAGAGAUAAAAUAAAUACGUUAGAACAAAUUUUAUGGAGAGUCCUUAGAGGUAAUCUCUUUUUCAAACACGUAGAGCUGCCUACACCGGUAUGUGAUACCAAAACCAAAGGACACGUUGAUAAAAAUGCAUUUAUUAUAUUUUCACACGGUGAUUUGAUAAUCAAAAGGAUUAAAAAAAUUGCUGAAUCUCUUGAUGCAAAACUGUAUAGCAUUGAUAAAAAUGCAGAGUUGAGAUCUGAACAUCUGAAUGGAGUAAAUAAAACUUUAGAUGAUCUAUAUCAAGUGUUGAGAACAACCGUAGCUACACUAGAGAGUGAACUAUAUGCUGUUUCAAAAGAACUAAACAAAUGGUUCCAAGAAAUUUAUAAGGAAAAACUUGUUUAUGAGACGUUAAAUAAGUUCAAUUAUGAUUCAAAUAGGAAAACAUUAAUCGCUGAAGGUUGGGUUCCAAAGGAUGAAAUUUCAUUUUUACAAAACCAUUUGAAUGAUAUGACUAGAAGACUGGGUAUCGACGUCCCAUCUAUCAUACAGACUUUAGAAACUAACAAGACUGCCCCUACAUACCACAAAACCAAUAAAUUUACUCAAGGAUUUCAAGCUAUUGUGGACUGUUACGGUAUUGCACAAUACAGGGAAGUCAACGCAGGUCUUCCUACAAUUGUCACCUUUCCAUUUAUGUUUGCUAUCAUGUUCGGUGAUUUAGGUCAUGGUUUUAUAAUGUUUUUAGCUGCUUUAACAUUAGUCCUGAAUGAAAAGAAACUCAAUAGGAUGAAACGUGGCGAAAUUUUUGAUAUGGCGUUCACUGGUAGAUAUAUUGUUUUAUUGAUGGGUCUAUUUUCAAUGUACACUGGUUUAUUAUACAAUGACGUUUUCUCAAAGUCCAUGACAUUAUUUGAAUCCGGUUGGAAGUGGCCGAAAACUUGGAAUAAAGGCGAAACUAUUUUUGCCGAACAGGUCGGAGUUUAUUCAUUCGGUCUAGAUUGGGCUUGGCAUGGAACUGAAAAUGCUUUAUUAUUUUCUAACUCAUACAAAAUGAAGUUAUCUAUUUUGAUGGGAUUCCUUCAUAUGUCAUAUUCUUAUAUGUUUUCAUUAGUAAAUCAUCUACAUUUCAAGUCCAUGAUUGAUAUAAUUGGUAAUUUUAUUCCAGGUCUAAUUUUCCUUCAGAGCAUUUUCGGUUACUUAUCCAUAUGUAUCGUUUACAAAUGGAGCAAAGAUUGGAUAAGGGAUGAAAAGCCAGCGCCAAGUUUGUUGAAUAUGUUAAUCAACAUGUUUUUAUCUCCUGGUGUAAUUGAUGACAAAUUAUACCCCCAUCAAGCUACUGUACAAGUCGUUCUACUAUUUUUAGCUUUGAUAUGUAUUCCCUGGCUACUAUUGGUAAAACCACUACAUUUCAAGUAUUUUCAUAAUAAGGGUGGAAAGAUUGAGUUAUUAAUGGAGGAAAAUGAUGCAGAAGGCUCUACUGCUUCAGUCUCGCAUUUUGAGAUGGAGACUGAACAUAGUCCAAUAGAAAUUGAAGAAAUCUAUGGCCCUAGCGGAGCUGAAAAUGAUAUGGACGAUGACGAUACGAAAGAAGAUGAAGAGAACUUUGGCGAUAUUGUAAUCCAUCAAGUUAUCCAUACAAUUGAAUUUUGCUUAAAUUGUGUUUCCCAUACAGCUUCAUAUUUACGUUUGUGGGCAUUGUCGCUGGCCCAUGCGCAGCUAUCUUCCGUUUUAUGGAGCAUGACUAUUCAAAUUGCCUUCUCAUUCACAGGAGUGGGCGGCGUGUUAAUCACGGUCGUUCUCUUUGCAAUGUGGUUUGUGUUAACUUGCGCAGUACUUGUUCUUAUGGAAGGAACAUCUGCAAUGUUACACUCAUUGCGUUUGCACUGGGUCGAAUCAAUGUCUAAAUUCUUUGUAGGUGAUGGUAUUCCAUAUGAACCAUUCAUUUUAGAAUACGCCGAUAUGGAGACAACCGUCAUAACUACCGGACCUCGUACUCAAUAA